CCCAUGAUAAGUAGUUGCGUGAGCACAUGUGCUUGUUUAAUAAGCCGGUUAAAUUUUGUUUAUAAAAGUUUAAUUCCUGUUUUUAAAAUUGUUAUUAUUGAAUACGUAUGCAAAUGUCUUAUUGCCGUCAGUACGGUAAAGAUCAAGUUAUAUUUGUGACUAAAGAAGAUCAUGAGACACCCAGCACUGUAACUUUACCAAUCACUUUAGAUGAUGAGCAAAGAGGUUUGAUACUUCCAAAUGGUGAGAUAAACUGGAGUUGUCCAUGCCUUGGAGGAAUGGCAACAGGUCCCUGUGGAGUAGAGUUUCGGGAAGCCUUCUCCUGUUUUCAUUAUAGCAAAGCUGAACCUAAAGGAAGUGACUGCUUUGAAAAAUUUGGUGAAAUGCAAAGUUGUAUGUCACAGUAUCCUACUGUAUAUCCACAAUCAAACAAUAAGGAAGAGGAUGAAGAUGAUGACGACUUUGAAGUGUCCGAAAAUAAUAAUCAAGACAAUGUAGUAUCUAAUGAAGAUAAGUUAUCAAAUUUAGAACAGAAAUCAGACAGUACUCAGUGAUUUGGAGUUAUAGUAUUUUUUCAUGAGAGAUUAUAUUGUUUUUGAAAAGAUACAUUAAGUAAAACAUGUGGUUAUAGAUAUCUAAAAUAAUAAUAUUUUAUGGAUAAAAUUUAAAAAUUAAUUCAUCUAUAUAUCAAAGUAAUUUCUAAUAUAUAUAAAGAUGAAAAUUAUUAAUCAUAAAAGAAUCAAUUUUUUAACA